GGCCCAUGUGACGACAAUGAUCGUUCUUGUUUACGUUAGUUAACACACGCUACGCUGGCAUGCUAAUUCGGACUGUUGGGGGUUGCGAUACGUGGACUGCACGCGGCGGCGACGCGCGGAAGCUGGCGGUUGUAUCGCGCGCGGCUGUAGCACGCGCGGCUUAUUUGGGUUUGCGUGAUGCGGUAGCAAGGAGGCGCAGCCGAGCGGCGGGUGCGAUCUCGUACGCUCUCGGCUAUGUGGCCCCCUCGCGCUCCAUUGUAAGUCUCGAUCAGUCGAUGACACAGCCAAGGAGGACCCAUGUCUUACUGGGGAGGUGUUAGCCUAAGAUGGUGUUGGCGUUUGUGGUCGGCGUACUGUGCGUGUGUGGCCGCCUAAGCGUCGCGAACCCAGAAGCGAAGCGGCUGUACGACGAUCUCUUGUCCAACUACAACCGGCUCAUCCGGCCCGUGGGUAACAACUCCGACCGGCUCACCGUGAAGAUGGGGCUGCGGCUCAGUCAGCUGAUCGACGUUAAUCUUAAGAAUCAAAUCAUGACAACGAACGUGUGGGUUGAACAGGAGUGGAACGAUUACAAGCUCAAAUGGAACCCUGACGAUUACGGUGGUGUAGAUACGUUGCACGUGCCUUCUGAACACAUAUGGCUGCCAGAUAUAGUGUUAUAUAAUAAUGCGGACGGCAACUACGAGGUGACGAUAAUGACGAAAGCCAUCCUGCACCACGACGGGAAGGUGGUGUGGAAGCCGCCCGCCAUUUACAAGUCGUUCUGUGAGAUCGACGUCGAGUACUUCCCAUUUGAUGAGCAGACCUGCUUUAUGAAGUUCGGUUCGUGGAGCUAUGACGGUUAUACGGUGGAUCUAAGACAUUUGAAACAGACGCCGGAUUCAGACCACAUAGGAAUGGGCAUCGACUUAUCGGAGUACUAUAUUUCAGUGGAAUGGGACAUCAUGCGGGUACCUGCUACGCGAAAUGAGAAAUUCUACUCGUGCUGUGAAGAACCUUAUCCUGACAUCAUUUUUAAUCUUACUCUUAGAAGAAAAACACUUUUCUACACGGUCAAUCUUAUCAUUCCCUGCGUCGGAAUCUCUUUCCUGUCAGUGUUAGUCUUCUACCUGCCCUCUGAUUCCGGAGAGAAGAUUUCGCUUUGUAUCUCCAUUCUUCUAUCGUUGACCGUGUUCUUCUUAUUGUUAGCAGAAAUUAUUCCGCCAACGUCACUAACUGUCCCCUUGUUAGGCAAAUAUUUAUUAUUUACAAUGAUGCUAGUCACGUUAUCAGUAGUUGUCACUAUCGUGGUGCUAAAUGUAAAUUUUAGGUCCCCAGUCACUCACAAUAUGGCUCCGUGGGUGCGCAAAGUCUUUAUAGAUUUUUUACCUAAAAUAUUGUGUAUACAAAGACCAGAAAAACCGCCCGACGAUGACGAUGAUGAUGAUAAUGACAAACCUACUGAGGUGCUGACUGAUGUCUUCGGUGGUGACGAUAUGGACGGCAAGUUCAAAGAGUGGGCCUGCGAAGAAUACGAGCUGCCAGGAAUGCCCCCUUCUCCCCCUCCCCCUCCAGGUGGUGACGACGAGCUAUUUUCCCCUCCCCCUGGAUCUCCUUGUCGCUUGGACUUAGACGAUGGUAGUCCGUCGUUAGAAAAGCCUUUUGUUAGGGAAAUGGAAAAGACUAUAGAAGGAUCGAGGUUUAUAGCGCAACACGUGAAAAAUAAAGAUAAAUUUGAGAGCGUGGAAGACGACUGGAAGUACGUAGCAAUGGUAUUAGAUAGGAUCUUCUUAUUCGCGUUUACGAUAGCAUGUGUCGUCGGCACGGCUCUUAUAAUAUUUAGAGCGCCCACUUUUUACGACAACACGAAACCGAUAGAUAUCCUCUAUUCAAAGAUAGCGAAGAAGAAGUUGGAGUUGCUCAAAAUGGGUUCGGAAGGUGACCCGGGUCUCUGAAAUUCGUCUUACGUCUUCGGCCACUCGCCGCCGAAGACGUUCUGGGAGCUGAUCGUCAUGUGGUGGCACGGAUGAUCCAUGUAAAGCUCCCAGCAGGGAACUGUUGGCGAGGACUCGUUGUGCUCAGUGUGGUGCCACGCGCUCGGUGCGCUGGACGUUUUACCGCGAGCGUUCAAACCGUCUUUUAUACAAACUAUUAGACUGUGUCCGUCGAUAGUGAAAUCGAGAACGGAAUGGGCGUUUUGUGUUUACGCCAGAUUUGCCAUAGCUAUUUUUAUAAGAAAUCGCCGGUCAACAUUGCGUAUAAGUCUAUUUUGUAUCUUCGGCAUUUGUUUACAAUAAUUAUUUAAUACGACGCACAACAUUGAUUAUCUAUAGGAUGAUUGUAUCGACUUUUAUGUUCUGAAGUGUCGUCAUCGAUGUAUCAAAAUAAAUAAGAUUAAAUUAAAGUAAUGUUUACUUCGAAUACAAUAUGAGCUCAAGUUAAAUACACUUUAAGUAAUAUAAAAGCAAUUUCAAAUGAACUAAUUAAUAGACCGCCGUAAAUACGUAUAAUAUUUUCGUGCGAACGUCCUCAAUGUGUAGGGCACGUAGUUGAGGUGUGGAUUAAAUAAGUAUUGUGAAUUAUACAUUUAAUAUUUUAUAAACUGCGUACUCGCGUAAAAAUAAUAUGGACAAUAUGAAUAUGACGAUCAUAAUAUGCCCUGUAGAUGUAAUAAAAGAUGUAGAUAUCGUUAGGAAUAACUAGGUAUCAGAAAUAAUUAUUGAAUCUCAUAUUAUGAUGCCAAAUAAGUUUAAUGAUAACAAGAAUCGCGUCAGUGAUAUUGUUUGACUAGGUUUCGAUAAAACAAUUGACUGCCAAUUGUAAAAUAUAACUUUUAUAAUACUCGGUAUUCUUAGAUAGUUUGAUAACUCAUUUAAUUAAUUACAAUUUUAACUUGUGCCAAAUAUUGCCAGUUAUUUCAUAGUUUCGAAAAAGCCAACUGAUUAAGUUAAGAAUUGUCGUUCAUUUUUGUAUAUGCUUGUUCAUAGUUUCUUACAUUGCUUGCCCAAAACAAUGACUGAUCGUUGGACUCCGCGUCUAUUCUUAUUGGAAGUAUCUAAUUCUGUAACUAUUGAUAACGUAUUUGUAUUUUCAAUAACAAUCCUAGAGUACAGGGUAAAAUUAGUACACAAACUUCUCUUGAUUUGUAAUCUCACGAUUUCACUGAUUGUAAUGUCUUUUACACACUUAACGGCACUUUACCACUUAAAGUCUUAGAUAUUAAAAUCAUUGUUGAGGUUUGUGAAUUUAGUCAUAACAAUUUAGGUAGUCUAAAAUUUUUUCCUAGAUUAGAAUCGUUUAGUAAUUCAUUUCGUUCGUACCUAUCCACUUCAUACUCUAAAGUUUCGUAGUUUGUACUUUUGAGGUCAUCUUAUCUAGCGCAUCUAAGCGCGUCAUAUUACACCACAUUAACCCAUUUGUAGGGUAUCGUAGAAUUUGUCGUAAUAAUAAUAAUAAAUAAAAAAUUUCGAGCCGCGUUUUUGAUAUGUCAAAGUAAUUCAUGAUUAUUAGAUACCUAAUGAUAAUCUAGUUAAAUCAAAGUUAUUCAUAUUUUAAUAAACACAGCAAGAGAUAGGAAAACAGGGAAUGGUAUAGUGAAAUAAAACCGUAUUGUGUGAUUCGUCUUAAAUGUUUAUAAUAUGUGUUGUUGAAUGUGUUUAGAUGUUUGUAACGUUGCAAGCGAAGGCUAGUUUACAUUAGAUGACAUAAUUUUAGUACAUACGGAUGAUGCUAAUGCAUCUUCGGACGCUCGCUAAAGGUUGAAAGAAUUAUAGUACCCACUGUUCCGAACGGACGCAAAAAUCGCUAGUAAGCAGCUCUGAGCUAUGUCAGGAUUGAUAUAGGGGUAGAAAUUAGGUUCGAUGUGAACGUCACGUAGGUAAACCAUGCGAACAGUGAUAAAUGGGAACUUGCGUCUAACAGAUUGCUUCCCUCUUAUUGGUCGAUGAUCGCACGAUCCGCCGUAACACCGGUCUCGGAGCUGUCUGCCUCAAUCACGGUUCAAAGGAAUUUUUGAAUGGAAUUGUUCAAUAAUUUUACUAUAAGUACAUCACAUAUAUUAAUCGAAGUAGGAAUGUGCUAUUGCACGCACCGAAACACACCAAAUUAGUAUUAUCAGUAACAUACUGUUAGUUAAGUCCACAGGCUUCCCUCACUGUUCCGUGAUUAUCUAAUUUAAUUGUAGAUAUUUGCUAGAAAAUAAACGGUCUGU